UCAUCCUGUAACUUCCUCACUCGGGGGCACUCUCACUCCCCGGAAUUUUGUGGGCACUCCCCAACCGAGCAUCGGAGACAGGGUGGAGUAAACCGGAAGUAAGCUGAAAGAAGGAAGAACAGAAAGUGAAGACGGCGAUUGAGCUUUUGGGAUAGAGAGAGGGAGAGAAAGAAAGAGAAGGGAGUGCAGAAGACAGAAAGUCCUUCCAGUUUAUUUUUUAAAUCUGCCUACGGGACGCUGAAACUGAAUCGGUAUUGGAAACAAUUUUCCAUCUCGGAAACAACUGGAACAAACUAACCAACUAGAUAUCAAGCAAAAAGUUUUUGUCUGGGCUAGCACGGUAGAACAAAAGCCAUUUCAUCUGCUAAGCAACUCGGACAGCAAGUUUUCCGUGACUCAUUAAGCUAGCGGGAAAGUGGUAUUGCAGCCAAAAGGCACUUGGAUAUAUGCACAUUUAUACUAAAUUUGUUAAAACAGUUUGAUUCAGGAGCGCGACCGACCUCACUGGUAGAAAAUUAGCUUGCUACUGUGGUUUGCUGGCUGAUAAACUGUCUAGUCGUCAGCUCGUUUGAUUCAUUGGGCGGGCGUAGCUUCUUCGCCGGAAUACGGUAAAAUUGCGUGCGACUGACUGCCUAUUCUCUUCAAGUUUGGAGACAGCGCAACAGUCGAUUCUCUUGAUUUUUUUCAUAGUUUACACAGGCGUCUAAAAACCUCUGCAAUUAUCCUGUUGGCUAGAUAGCCGGUUAUUUCUUUUUAAUCGAAACCUAAACCAUUUUUGCGGGAAAAUGACCGGGGUGAACAGCAUCGAUGCUGUGAAGCGAAAAAUCAAGAUUCUCCAGCAACAGGCGGAUGAAGCGGAGGAGAAAGCCCAGCACUUGCAGAAAGAAGUCGAGGAGGAAAAACAGUCAAGAGAACAGGCUGAGGCGGAGGUGGCCUCUCUGAACAGGCGUAUCCAGCUGGUGGAGGAGGAGCUGGACCGCGCCCAGGAGAGGCUGGCCACCGCGCUGCAGAAGCUGGAGGAGGCCGAGAAGGCGGCCGACGAGAGCGAGAGAGGCAUGAAGGUGAUUGAGAACAGGGCUCUGAAGGACGAGGAGAAGAUGGAGCUGCAGGAGAUCCAGCUGAAGGAGGCCAAGCACAUCGCUGAGGAGGCCGACCGCAAGUACGAGGAGGUGGCUCGUAAGCUGGUGAUCAUCGAGGGAGACCUGGAGCGCACAGAGGAGAGAGCUGAGCUGGCAGAGGCCAAAUGUGCGGAGUUGGAAGAGGAGCUCAAAAAUGUCACCAAUAACUUGAAGUCGCUGGAGGCCCGAGCAGAGAAGUACUCCCAGAAGGAGGACAAGUAUGAAGAGGAGAUCAAGAUCCUGACUGACAAGCUGAAAGAGGCGGAGACUCGCGCCGAGUUCGCCGAGAGGUCGGUGGCCAAGCUGGAGAAGACCAUCGACGACCUGGAAGACGAGCUCUACGCUCAGAAGCUCAAGUACAAAGCCAUUAGCGAGGAGCUGGACCACGCCCUGAAUGACAUGACCUCCAUAUGAGACUCGGACUAAGUAUCUGGAAGCUCAAAAUGCACUCUGGCUGGUUGUUGGUUCAAGAAUUCAUAUUGUCGGCCUGUAUUUUCCAGUGUUGGAUGCGUUCUCUCUCUCUCUCUCUCUCUCUCUCUCUCUCUCUCCCUCAAUCCCUUCAUCUUGUUCCUUUUGUAUUUUUUUGGGGGGAUCUGUGGCUUCCUGUUCUGUGUUCAGUGUUCGCUCCAUCUACACCCAAUGUUCCAUCUUUUCUCUACCUCCUUCCAGAACAUGGCGUCCUCUUUUCCCUCUAAACCCUCCCCUCUCCCUCCCUUUUUCCUUCUCCUGUCUUCCCUCUAUUCAUUCCCCUACUUAUUCUUAUUGGCUAUGUUUUUGGGUUACUGUACAGUCUUCUUGCUUAUCUUGAAUGGUCUUUGUAUUGUAUACUCUCUUUAUCUCCCUUUCUCUCUAUCUCUCUCUCUGCACUGUGUCUGUAGAAUUCUUUGUUAAAAUGAAGGGAAGGAAGAACAAAAAAGUUCUCUGAUUCAGUCACUGCA